UGAUGACUGAGGAUGGGGAGCCAUGCCGGGGACGCCGGGGACCGACUCCAUGCCCAGGCAGGGGGAUGGACUGACUGACCGAACGACAGAACGACUGGAUGGCGUGUUGACCAAUCAUGUGGAUGCCGGUCCCAGUUCCAACCCCUAAGCUUAGGCGUCUGACCGAAAUGAUCGACGGACGAUAGUGGUUCCAGUCAAUCCGUUGGUUUCUGGUUGACCUCAAGACCUGGGACGGCAUCCAACGAGCCAACGAGCCGGUCAAGCUGGGCUCAAGCUGGCCCGCCUCCUCCUCUCCGCCUGUCUGCCCCUCUGCAUCGCUGCUCGACUUCCUGACCGCGCUCCAGCAUUGAUUCAGCAUGGAUUUGAUGUACAGCACGUACGGGCCGGCGCCCGCCGACGCGGACGCUAUGGCUCUGACCCUGGGGGGUGGCCCCCGACUGGCGCCCACCCAGGCCUACCCCCACGCCACCACGGGUCCGGCCGCCUCGCACGCGCCUCACCACCGUUUACCCGCCCGGUUCCGGGAUGGCGUGUCGUUGAGUAGUGUAUCCUCUCAAAACGUGUUGCUCUUCACUUCGCGUCUGGCCGCCGCCGUGGGUCCGCCUACGGGGGCGGGCCAGGCCUCGGGGUCGCAUGUUUUCGUGUGCGAUCUCAACACACCGUGGGACGUGCAUUGGGUCACUUCGCGCUUGGGUCAGGUCACGGCCUUGACCUGGGACGCGGCGGGUCGACAGUUCGCCCUGGCCGACGACCAAGGCCACGCUCAGAUCUGGGCCAUGCUCGAUUGUGUCUUGUCCCAAUGGAAGUGUGUAUUAAAGGAAUGUCUACCGGGCGAGAAAAUCAUCCAGGCCCAAUUCCUUCAUGCCGGUCCCAAGACCGUGUUGAAUAGCGAUGGAUUAGAGAGCGCCUUAUACUCCGAGAAGUUUACCCGCCUGCCUGGACCGGCCUUGGCCUCGGCCUUUGUUCAACGACGUCUGGUCGGAUUGGCGCUCAUCAGUUCUUCGGGCGUGUUCACCCUCAUCACGAUCUCGACGGCUGGACGAGUGCGAACCGCCCAGGCUCUAUUAGGUGGACGCCGACGCAAGAUCAAGCUCGUGUCCAUGGCUUUUCUGCGAUCCGGUCCCUUGGUGGUGGCCACUUCCGAUGGCAAUGCCCAACACCCCAUCCUGAUCCAUUCCAUUGUGCCACAAUUCAAUGCCGCUGACCAAGUGUCCGUAGCGGUGGAAGACUAUCCCGGGAUAUUCCUUAAUACACGCCAACCGGUGGCCAAAGAUGACGAUUACCAAGCCGUGGUCGAGCUGUGCUUCGUGAUGAGGGAGGAUUGUGACUCGAUCCUGAUCGGCACGCACCACGAAUCCGGCGGCAAAGUCCAACUCUGGGCGGUCCAAGACACCCACCACGCCAUUCACAAAAUAUUUGCCAUGGGCGGGGCAUUGGAUGGGGCGCCAGUACCCCGGUUGGCCUUACCGGCCUGGCAAUACAUCGAGAUGUUUUCAGGUCCGUGCUCUGCCUUGGCCGCCUUGGCCACGCCCCCCUGGUCAGUCCAAGGUAUCGGCGGCCCUGGUGGCGCCCCGUCUUGCUACAUCAUAGUGGCCUUCAAUGACGGAUCCAUCCAUUGUCUACUUCGGGACUCGUUGCAACACAUUGCCAGCGUGGACCUGCCCAAAUCAUCGGUGCGCGCUCACUUGUCCGGGGGCGGUGGGGGUGGAGCCAUCAGCUCGAUGUGCUUCACGGCCACGGCCAAUGCCCUUGUGGUCAAUGACAGUUGGGGUCAGAUCCAUUUGUAUCGGGUGUCGCCCAUCUCGGAUCCCGGCGGGAGUCACUCCAUUCCCUACCUAGUGACCAUGUUCGAGUAUUGCCUUGUGUCCGGUAUCGACUUCUGGGAUUUGACCUUGUGCACCCGACAUGGCUUCAUAGAGGCCAUUGGCGAGAAGUUGCGAGCCAAUUUCGAGCUCCAAUCCGAGAGUCAUCGGAGUUACUAUUUCUACCAAUUGGCCAUGAUCGAGUCCUUCUUGUAUCGGUUGAGUCCGGCCUUGGAGUACAAGGCCGCCGACCUGUUCGCCAAGGUCACCCUAAUGUCCAUCCAUGGUGUGUUCAAAUCCGCAUUGCGCACUUUGGAGGUCAAAUCGUUUCUCGAGGGCGAGAUCACCAUGGGGAGUUCCGUGGCAAACAUUUUGAAGCAAAACCCGUCCGAGUGGGAUUUGGAAAAGCUGUUCCAAGUGUUCCAGGGCACCCACGGCACCGACCUGAACACGGAGCCCGGGUUCUGUCAAUCCUUCCAGCACCUCAUUCAAUGGUCGUCCACGUUGUGUCUUCACAUCUUGGCCGGCCUACCCGAGUACAAACAAAUGCGCAAAGGCUUGGGCUUUGACCUCCACAAAGACCCGCAAGUGUUGCUCAUCCUGCGCGAGAUCCUGUAUGUGGUGCGCAUUUGGAGCCAUUUUCAGGAUGGCUGCCUGCCCUCGUUCACGCAAGGAUCCGACUUCAACGUGGUCUCACAGUGCUUCAACAUGGUCACCAAACUCAAAGAUAACCCCUCAGACGAGGGACUGCACGAUGACUGCCUUCGUUUGCCGAGUCAAGUGAUGUUGCCUCCUCUGAAUCUCACCAUCAAGGCCCGAGGCGUGGCUCCCAUGGUGGUGGCAUUUCAUCGGUCCCCUAUGAGCUUUGAGUUUGGUGAGGAACCGGACCUGGAGACCUCGGCCCCACCCCCCGAGCCCCUCUUCAUUGAAGGGGCCAUGAGUAGUCAACAGUUAAUGGACUGCUCUCGACUCAUUUACUUGGGCAAGAACCCGACCGCCGUGAAGAUGUCCACGCGCAGCUACGCCAUGUCGUUUCCGGGGCCCAAUCCAAACGUCAAUCAACCCGUGGCCAUUAAAUCAUGGGAGAAGCGAUGGGUGCGACAGUGUCCCUCUGGUGGAAAUUGGAAAAUCCGCCAUAUGACUGAUUAAAACUCGGGAAAUAAACGUUUUGAAGGCAUUUUGAAACAAG